AUAUAUAAUUCAUCAGUGUUGGGUUGAUUUUUUAUCAGUUAGAUUGGCGUUUUCCGUUUGUUAUCUGUUGAAUCUUCAUUUGGUUUUUUUUUUAUAAUUCAUGAUUUUUAAAAUUUAUAAUGGCGUUCCCGCUAAUAUAUCGACACAUCGAAUUAAAUUGAGCUGAAUUGAGCUAAGUUCAAGUGAUACAACUUGCCAUGCUUGCUCGCUCUUGCUCGCUCUCAUGGAGGUGUAUAAACUCCAUGCUCGCUCUAUUCCUUUUUUUAAAUUUCCUUUUCAAAUAAAUAUCUGACACUGACAUCAGGUAUUUUUUAAAAAGUAAAUGUAAUUAUAAAUUAACAAUGGCUAAGUACGAUUUAACACCCCGUAUCGGGCAAAAUUUGGAUCGACAUUUGGUUUUUCCACUUUCGGAAUUUCUUACUGCAAAAGGGCUUUACGAUGAAUCUGGAUUACUUAAAUCAAAACUUGAAAUUCUCGAAAAAACCAAUAUGAUUGAUUAUGCUAUCGACAUCUGGAUGCAGCUGUAUCCAAAUGACGAAGCACCUGAGAAAUUAAAAGCUCGACGUGAUGAAGUCGUUGAAGAGCUUGGAAGACUCCAGGAAAAAGUUGCUCCAGUUGUUGCAUUGAUGAAUAACGAGAAAGCUAUGAAAAAAAUGGAGGAAAUGCGUGACUCAAAAGCUCUUAUCAAUUACUUGACCCAAGAAUGGGAGUUUAAAGUUGAAAUGAUGGAUGAUCUUGUAGCACUUGCUAAAUACAGAUACGAGUGUGGUAAUUAUUCAGUUACAACAUCUUAUCUCUAUCUGUACAUGUUGAUUAUGCCACCAACUGACAAGAACUAUUUAAGUGUUCUUUGGGGUAAAUUAGCAUCUGAAAUUCUUGCUCAAAAUUGGGAUACAGCACUCGAAGAUGUUAAUAAACUCAGAGAAUAUAUUGACAGCAAUGCUAUUGGUAAUUCACUUCAAGCUUUGCAACAACGUACAUGGCUUAUUCACUGGAGUUUGUUUGUAUUCUUCAAUCAUGCCAAGGGUAGAGAUGCAAUCAUCGAGAUGUUUCUCUAUCGUCCACUUUAUUUGAAUGCUAUUCAAACAAUGUGCCCACAUAUUCUUCGUUACUUGGCAGCAGCUGUUAUUGUCAAUCGCUCAAGACGAUCAACAUUGAAGGAUCUUGUUAAAGUUAUUCAACAAGAAUCAUAUACAUACAAAGAUCCAAUCACUGAAUUUCUUGAACAUUUGUAUGUCAAUUUUGAUUUUGAUGGAGCUCGUCAAAAACUUCAAGAAUGUCAAACUGUUGUUAUUAAUGAUUUCUUUUUAAUUGCAUUAUUAAAUGAAUUUGUUGAAAAUGCAAGACUUAUGAUUUUCGAAACUUUCUGCAGAAUUCAUCAAUGCAUUAGCAUUCAAAUGCUUGCUGAAAAAUUAAACAUGAAAGCUGAUGUUGCUGAAUGUUGGAUUGUCAAUUUAAUUCGUAAUGCACGUCUUGGUGCUAAAAUUGACAGUAAACUUGGACAUGUUGUUAUGGGUACACAGCCAGCAUCACCAUAUCAACAACUUGUUGAAAAAAUUGAGGGACUUAGUGUUCGUAGUGAAGCACUUGAAAAUUUAAUUGAACGUAAAUUGAAAGCUAAAAAUCAAGAUCCAGUUAGUAUUGUUUGGAACUAAACAACUUACCGAACAUACUAAUAAUUCUUUUUUUAUUGUAAAAUAAAUUUAGAAUCAAUUUUUUUUUUUUUUUUUCCAUCAAAAUAAUCUUAUAAAUCAGUUGAGCUCAUUGAAUCUUUUGCUACUUUCAUC